CUUCACAACCACCCUUCGAGUUCGACGAUCCGUCUGUAUUUGAUACCUAGACCCACCAGCGGAAUCACAGCAGAACAACCCGGAGUACAGCCGUGAUGGAUAUCGAUAGUCCCAUGGGCAUGGCCCCGAUGGCUGGCGGCACUGCGCGGACGGGCGCAACCAUCCUCUGCUGCAACUGCGGCGUGCCCAUCGAUGGCACUGCUUCUGCCGGUGCGCUCUGCUACGACUGCAUCAAGUCCACCGUCGACAUAUCACAAGGCAUACAACGCGAGGGCACUCUACACUUCUGCCGAGACUGCGACCGAUGGCUGAUGCCGCCCGCGAGCUGGGUGACGGCCGCCCCCGAGUCACGAGAGCUGCUGUCGCUCUGCCUCAAGCGGCUACGGAACCUGGGCAAAGUCCGGAUUAUCGACGCCCGCUUUGUCUGGACAGAACCACAUUCUCGUCGCAUCAAAGUUAAGAUUACCAUCCAAGACGCGGUCGCCGACGGUGUCUUGUUGCAGCAGAGCUUCGAAGUCGUCUACAUUGUCGCCUACCAACAAUGCAAAGAGUGCGCAAAGUCGUACACAGCCAAUGUGUGGCGUGCUGCCGUGCAGGUGCGGCAGAAGGUGACCCAUAAGAGGACGUUCCUGCUACUGGAACAAUUGAUCCUCAAGCACCAGGCACACAAGGACACAAUAAACAUCAAGGAAGAGAAGGACGGCAUUGACUUCUUCUUCGCUCAACGAAACCAAGCCGAAGCCUUCAUUCACUUCCUCAAAUCGGUUGUCCCAAUUCAUACGAAGGAGUCGAGGCACCUCAUUUCUGCAGAUACCCACACAGGCAACAAAUCGUACAAAUUCAACUAUUCAGCAGAGCUUGUCCCGGUCUGCCGGGACGACCUCGUGGCACUGCCCCUGAAACUGGCAAAGGCGCUCGGCAACAUCAGCCCUCUCGUGCUUUGCUACAGGAUAGGGACAUCCGUCAACCUCCUCGACCCAAACACACUCCAGACAGCCGAACUCAGCGCCGACGCCUACUGGCGGGCGCCCUUCCACCCGCUGGCUGGCGCCACCGACAUGGUCGAGUUCGUCGUGAUGGAUAUUGAGCCGACAGGCUUGCGCAAAGGGAAGUGGGUGCUCGGUGAGGCCAUCGUCGCCCGGGCAUCCGACCUCGGCGUCAACGACAACACCUACUUUGCUCGCACACACCUUGGCACACUGCUGAAGCCGGGGGACUCGGUCAUGGGGUACAUGCUGUCAGGCACCAAUUUCAACUCGGACGCGCUCGACGCCAUCGAGAACUCGCGCGCGUACGGGUCGACGAUCCCGGACGUGGUGCUGGUUAAGAAGCACUACCCUAACCGGCGCAAGAACAAGCGGCGCAAUUGGAAGCUCAAGCGCAUGGCCAAGGACGAAGGGGAGCUGUUGCCCAAGGCAGCUGACCAGGCCCGCAUGGAGGCCGAGUACGAGAUGUUUUUGCGGGAUGUGGAGGAGGAUGAAGAGCUGAGGGCUGCGCUGGCGCUGUACAAGAACCCGAAGAAGAAGAAGGCGCCGCAGGAUGCCGAUGCCAUGAGCAUUGCUGAGACGGAGAUGACGGGGGUUGAGGAAGAGGAUGGGCCUAAGAUUAGUAUGGAUGAGUUGCUGGAUGACUUUGAGGAGCUGGAGAUUAAGGACGGCGAGCAGUAGUGGAGCGCAUGCUUUGUAGGGAUUUUGUGAGGUGGAAUGCCCGGUUUCCGAAGGAGAAGAAUCUUACUUGGGCCAACUAUUCAAUGGAUCGUUCAUAUCUGUGUAUGGGUUGACGUGCUAUGUGAUUCAAAUAUCGAAAGUUCCUGAAUACAAGAAUCAGGACGCGAGCACCGCAUCCCGUAGCCCCUACAUAGGAGG